AUGUCUUUUGAUUGGCUGAAUGUUCCAGGACUGGACUUAGGCAGCGGGGACCAAACAGAAAAGAGACAAUCUAAUGGACUGGGACCACCCAGUGUAUCUUUCGAUUUUGGUAUAAAUGCUGCAGCGCCACGUGAUUCCAGCUUUUGGGAUCAAGGAUCACGAAGUCAGAGCGAUACGACUUUAUCUUAUAGAAAUAAUAACCCAAAAGCAGGAACCAAUUCUGCAACCAACGUAAAUUCUCCUCUGGAUGGCGAUCCUCAUGCAGAGGUACGACUUCCUGGAGGUGAUGCUUACACAGAGACGCCGGAGGAUAUGCAGGUUCCGUUGUCUUUGUCACAAAACCAACUUACCCACGAAGAAAUAAGAACUUAUUUAAGAUGGUACAACUAUAUAUGCCUGAGAACUCGCGGGAAAUUGGUCAGACUAAACGAUGUUUUUAGAUUCUUAACAAAUUUCAAUUUAUCCCAACAAAUUAAAGAGAGAAUAGUGGAGAUCUUCCGUAGCUGUAAAAAUGCGUUAAAUGUUGGUCAAUUCUUUGCCGUUUUAAGACUAAUCUCCAGAGCCAUUGUCCAUGGAAUCUUACCCCUAAGACGCAUGAUCUUGGACAAAGCACCUGUACCUAAGCCCCGCCCCAUUUUAAGUAGUGAAAAUCACGAAGAGGUGUAUGAGGAGAUAGAGGACGAUGAUAACACGGUUAGGGCCGGUGAUCGAAAAGUUGACUUUGAUUCAUUCGCCUCAUUGCUAUUAACUGGUACCACAGCAAGGAAAAGAGUCAGAAGAAGAAUCAAGAAUUCAAAUUUCAAAAGUAAGAAAGUUAGGUUUUCAGAACAUGUAGCAUUUCAAGAUCCUCCGAAUCUAAACCAAGAGUCAUUUGAUAAUAAUGGGGCGAAAAAGCAAAUUGGUGGUGGAGAGAAUGGAUAUCAAGAUUCUAGUAAUGAUGGCCCAUUAGACUUGACGUUGCCUAUGGAUCAAUUAUUAAAAAGACUGUACAAGGGUAGACACAAUAGCGGGUUAGUUUCAAGUUUACCCAGCGAACAGCAGGAAACAGAAGAGGAAAAAAAGGUCUUAGAGGAUAUGAAGGACUCCUUGUCUCACUUCAAGCAAAUUCAGACCGUUGAUUCUGCAUCACUGCCAAUGUCAUCCGUACUUUUACAAAACGGUAAUAAUCUAGCAACAAACAAUGCGAAUAGCAACGGCGUUCCACAGCAAGUGCCACUAGAACCUUUGAAGCCGACUGCUACGGGUUCUGCUAAUCAUCUGGUGCGAGAAGAAUAUAACCAGGGUAUACUCUCAAAUAGUGGAGCGACUCAGACAGGUCUGCAACCUUUGAAACCAACAGCGACAGGCUCCGCAAAUUACUUAAUGCGAAGCCACGUGGAUCAGCCUCAGACCAUUCAAUCUACUAAUAUGGCAGAUGGUGUGGGAAAUUCUGGGGGGCUUCAACCAUUGAAACCUACCGCAACAGGCUCUGCCAACUACUUAAUGAAACAGCACUUGUCACCUUCAGCGAACAACACGGCAUCUUCGAUGUUCCAACAGCAAUUCACGAACCAGUCUUCGUCCCCGCAACCUACAGGUCAAUUUAUGAAUUCUCCAAACAUCAUUGUCUCACAAGACAAUCAGCAGCAACAGUCUUAUCAUGGAGUUGGUUCCACUCAUUCAAAAAUUGAACCAUCAAAUAUAUCCCCUCAACACACCUAUUCCAACAAUAUUCGGAUUAACAACGGAAAUGUUAUGCCAAUGCCCAAAGUGGAAAUAUCCAGCGCGCUUUCUCCUCAAAAUACUUUCCCCCAACAUCCCCAAUCACAUCUACUCUCUCCCCAAAAUACAAUUUCUCAACACCAACAGUCACAUAUGGUUUCUCCACAAAGCACUUUCGCUCAAAGUCAGCCGACCAUGAUUUCUCCGCAGAAUACAUAUCCCAAUAAUCAGCCAACAAUGAUAUCUCCUCAGCAUACCUAUACUAAUAGCCAACAGCAAACUCAACACCUUCCACCUCCUCCCCCUCCACGAAUUCAGCAGCAGCAGCAGCACGCAUCUAUUGUCUCACCCCAGAAUUCGUAUCCGAACAUGCUAAAGCAAACUAAUCUGGCACCCACUCAUAAUACGUAUACAAACUCACCAAAUAUACAAUCCCCAAGUUUUUUGUCGCCUCAAAAUGCUGCCAACAGCUACUUCCAAUCUUUGCUUUCGACCUCACCAUCACCAAAUCCUACACCGCCAAAUGCGGUCACUGCUAAUAAUAAUAACGCCAACAAUAGCAUAAGUUCAUUUCAACCUAACAUGCCAAGUAGCAACCCCGCUAUGAGUAUCAGUCAAUCUCAUCAGACAUACAAUGGAAAUUAUCCUGCCAUCAAUCAACGGCAGCAACAGUCCCAAGCACAACAACCAAUGUAUGGAGGGCAGCUAUCCCAUAUGCAACAACAUCCAGGGCAACCCCAUUUGAGCAAUCCCACUAUGCAAAAUCAGCCUAAUAAGCCUAAUUACGGAAUGCUAGGACAUCAAGUACCACAGCAGCAGCAGUUUCCUUUCAAUACAGAUGUUAACAGAUCCAAUUCAAGUGAUAUUUUAGGUAACUUGCAAUCUUUACAGCAACAAGUUGAUGCCUUGCAAAUCCAAUAUAACAGGAGACCGUAG